UCUUCCCUCUCUCUCUCUCUCUCUCUCUCACCACCUCCGUCUCCUAUCGUCUCUUUGGUCUCACCAAUUUCAUCUUCACGUCUUCUCCUUGAUUUUUGGAUUAUGAAUGCCUAUUGAUUUAUAAUCCUAUAGGUUUAGCGCUUUCUCUAAGAUUCAAAAUUUUCUUAUUCUGGUUAAGUAAUUUCUAAUCUGUUCAUCCCAAAUCAUGAUUUUAUAUGAGAAAGUUUCCAAAUUCAAAUUUUUCUCAACACUUUGGAUUCUGGGUUCUUAUCUGUCUAUAUGAGAUUUUGAGCUAUAGAAAGUGAAUUUGCAAAUAUUACCAUUUGGGUUUAGUUCAAAUUGAUUAAUAAAAAAAAAAUUUGGGAAAAUUUUGGUGUUAGAAUUUUUGGGGAUCUCUCAAAUAUGGUGACAGUGAAUCUUGGUAUGCUCCACUAUGUAUUGGACCAUGUAUAUGGUGCAUUCAUGCACAGAACAAAGAUAAGCCCACAAUUUUUUUCAAGAGGGUGGGGAGGUACAAAGCUUGAGUUGCUUGAGAGAAUGAUCAAGCAGCUGUUCCCAGAAGUUGCAGGUCAGAAUUGGCCUCCCACUGUUAUCCGACCCAAUUGGAAAACAGUUUGGGAGAGCCAGACAGCUACUCUUAGAGAAGGGGUUUUCAGGACACCUUGUGAUGAGCAGCUUCUUAGUGCAUUGCCUCCUGAGAGUCACAAUGCAAGAGUUGCAUUUCUCUUCCCAAAAUCUGUGCCCCCUCAGAAAAUGGCCUGUGUGGUUCAUCUUGCAGGAACAGGGGACCAUACAUUUGAAAGAAGGUUGCGUCUUGGUGGACCAUUAUUGAAGGAAAACAUUGCAACCAUGGUGCUCGAGAGCCCUUUCUAUGGACAAAGACGUCCUGUGAUGCAGCAUGGGGCAAAACUCUUGUGUGUGAGUGACUUGCUUUUAUUAGGAAAGGCAACCAUUGAAGAAGCUCGCAGUCUCUUGCAUUGGUUAGACUCUGAGGCAGGGUUCGGAAAGAUGGGUGUUUGUGGACUUAGUAUGGGAGGAGUACAUGCUGCAAUGGUUGGAUCACUGCACCCUACACCUGUUGCAACUCUUCCUUUUCUCUCUCCACACUCUGCUGUUGUGGCAUUCUGUGAGGGAAUAUUAAAGCAUGCCACUGCUUGGGAGGCACUGAGAGAGGAUCUUGCAGUGCAGAAGGCUGCAAUGACUCUCGAGGAGGUGAGAGAAAGGAUGCGCAAUGUUCUGUCUCUCACGGAUGUCACACGCUUUCCGAUUCCAAAAAGUCCGAAUGCUGUGAUAUUUGUUUCUGCCACUGAUGAUGGGUACAUUCCAAAACACUCUGUGCUGGAGCUGCAAAAAGCUUGGCCAGGUUCAGAAGUAAGAUGGGUCACCGGUGGCCAUGUUUCAUCUUUCCUUCUCCACAAUGGUGAGUUCCGCAGGGCCAUUGUGGAUGGACUUGACCGAUUGCGAUGGAAGGAGUCUCCAUUGUGACGUUGGCAUGACAUGUGAAGGCCCUGUACUGAUUCUGAUAAGCUAAUCUUCAGAUCUAAUUCACACCAAACUUGUAAAAAACUAGAUACAGCUGACAUCUGGAACACCCCCAAAAAGAAUGGGGAAAAGGGGCGCUUUCAUGAAAUACCCAUUUCCUGAUGUAUUCUCAUAUCAUCCAUUUCCUGUUGUAUUCUCAUUUGCGAGGUACCUAACAUUGUAUAGACAACAUUUACUGCCAAAGUUGUUCUAUUUUCAUUUUGAGCACA